GUCUCCCCCACCCCCUCCGCUACACAUUCUGAUGCGAGACUGUUAGCAUGACACUUUUUACAAUAGGUGCCAGAACUCUUCUUGAAAGGCAGCUAUACCAAUUGCCAACCGCCACGUACAAGACCUUGUCCAACCCCUCUCGAUUAUCCUCACUGCGGUUCGUUGGGAAUAUUCACCGCCCAUCGUGGGAAAACUCCACGUCACAACUACAACUUUAUAUGAGAAACAGAACCUGCCAAGUUGGAAAUAGGUUGCUAUCGUCAUCAUCAUCCCUUGCCAUGGUCGGUCUCCCAGACUCUAGACGCACUCCAUGGGUCGAUUUCAAUUCGAACCCCGCCGAUAUGAUCGAGAAGCAUAUGCUCAAUCGGGGCUGCAGGACCUGGGGCUUAGUCAUCUACCGAUGCACUUAUAAGAGCGACGCCGAUUGGGAGGAAUUCAUGUCUCGUCUUCUCUAUCAAGUGCGGAGUCCAUUGGAGGAAUACUACGAUGGCCUGGAUAUGCUGGAUUCCUUCAGACCGACUGUGGUGGACGAUGGGACGCGGUUUGACGGGGCAACGCCAGACAUCAUACGGGAUCAUUUCACGGAGUGGGCAUCCACUGCGUGUGGGGCUGAGCAAGGGAUUUCACCUACCGAUCCCGGGUAUGCUCGUAUAGCACGGUACCGGUACUGUAUCAUGGUGGAUGAGGAGGCCCUGCGCUCUGUUCUGGCUAUUCCACGAGAGGAUCUGGAUGGCGAUAACAGGACCGGCUUUGUGAUUCUCGUGCAUGGCAGGCACCUCGAGGAGCGAGCUAGCAUAAAGGAGUCUGAUGAGAAGAUCGAAGAUGAUGACUGUGAGCCACUGUAUGGCUGCACGUGGGAAGAUGUCGGCUGGAUGAAGGUGUACUACGACCAGGCUCAGCUCUAUCCUUCCGCUUAUAUGAACGAGAGCUGGCAGUGGUCUAUGGAGUAUAGACGGCCUCCCGAGAUCGGUCUCUACCACUGAUCUUCCCUUCACUUAUAUCUUAAACCUGUUGUCAAUGUAUCGUUCUCUAUGAUUCUGUCCCGUCAUAAU